AUGCAAGCUGCAGAAUAAAAGAUUGUCAAAAUAGGCAUCAUUAUUGAAUUCAAUUAAUAUAGCAGGCACUCAUAAGUUUCAAGUAUUACAGAUAGCUAUGAAAAUGGAGAUAUUCUUCAGUAGUUUCUGUUGAAGCAAUAGUUUAGGGUAGACAGAAUUAAUCAUGGCACUUAAUUACAAUCCCCAAUGAAAUUCAUAGACUUACUUGACAAUUUGUUUGAUGAACAUCUUGAGCAUGUUAGAGCUAUUGAGAAUCAUGUCUGCUUUUUUGUUUAUGCCAGAUGUCAGAGUAUAGUUCCCAAGGGCUCAGAGGUGAUAGAAAUUUUCGAUCCAAAUGGUUAUAGAUUCCAAAUAGAGAAGAGAAUAAAGUAGUUUGCUGAUAUGAAGAAUUGUGCAACAUAUAUUUACUUAGAAUGUCCUAGGUCUAAUCCAAAAAAUUUACCAUAAUCAAAGAAAGUAAUUGAAUAAAUUGAUCUAGAUUAAGCCUAAGGGCUUCUUCUUAUCUAGUAUUGCUUUGCUUAAGGAUAAUCAUGGGAUAAUGAAUAAGAUUAAUCAAGAAAAGAUAAGUUUAAAUCAUUUGUAGAAAAUCUAAGAGAUUUUAAAUUAGUUGAUUUUAUGGAUUUUUUUAAAAAUUUUCCUAACACAUCUAUCAUCGGAAGAAGUGAUCUUAAGAUUGUUUUUGAUAAAUGCUUGAUUCAAAGACCUUUUUAAGAGGCAAUAUAAUAAAAUAUUGAAAUGGUGAUCCCAGAGAAAGUUGUCAAAUAAUCAUUAAACCUCAUUUUUCAAUAAUAAUAAGUGCCUGCUAAUGAUCAAAUAUUAUAACUAUAAGAAGAGAUAAAAUUAUUAAAAAGUUAACUGAAUGAAUCUGAACAAAAUAAUCAGAAAUUAGUAGAAUAGCUCGAAUCCAUUAAGACUGAAAAAGAUAUACAAAUAGAUUCAUAUGUUUAGAGAAUCAAAAUUCUUGAAAAUGAUUUGGAAGUUAAAAGCCAAGAAAUAUAAAACAAUUCAAGGGAACAAUCAAAACAUAAAAUGUCAAUAUAGUCCGAUAAUUCCUAGAUGGAAAAAACUAUAAAGAAAUUAGAAAAAAAGAAUGAAAAAUUGAAUCAGAAGGUCAAAGAUUAUAAAUAAAAGAUAAAAUCUGAUAAGGAAGAUUAUUAAAAAAGGAUAGCCGAUAUAUAAGAUAAUAUAUUGAAAAAGUUAAAUUUUAAUGGUGGAAUUACUGAGGGUUAGGAUCACUAAACAAUUCACCAUGAUGUUAGUUUUAUUCAAAGACAUUCAACAAUGAAAUAAGUUAGAGAACAAAGUAACUAAUCUAAUGGUAAUAUCUCAAAUUUGGACAAGUCAAGGGAUGAAGAUUCUUUGAAUUUAAUGAAUCGGUAAUAGGUUAUUCGAGGAAGACAAUUUGAAGAAAAGAAAUUUGGUCAUCAAAUAUAAAACAAGAACGAAGAAAAUUUUAAUUUGUUUGAAAGAAUAAAAUCAUCAAAUUAAAACUCAGAUGCCCAAUAAAUUAUAAUAAAUCGCAUAGCAAAAGCGAAUAGCACUUCAGCUAGGUCUAAUGAAUUCUUGUAAGAUAAAGAAGAAUUCAAGAGGGAUUUUGAAUAGCAACUAUUUAAAGAAUUUCAAUAGAAAUAAAAAUAGGAGGAAGAAGAUAGGAUGCUAGCAAAAUUUCUACAUGAAGAAGAGAGAAAAUAAAUUGAAUAAAAUCGCUAAUAAUAAUUCAAAACAUAGGAAGAGAAAAAUAUUCACUCUAAUCCCAGAGAUGAUCAUAACUAAUCAUUAAUUACACUUCCAAUAGAUAUAAAAGGAUUAGAAGUAUCUUAAAUCAUUAAGGAAGAAGAAACUGAUAUGAUAAAAACAUAAUUAAAGUAGCAAGCCACCUUCUAAAAAUUAUAUGAUAAUGAAGCUGAUUAGAAUUUCGAUAAACUUACAAAAGUAUUAGAGGGUAAGAAAAAUUUAAUUUUCUUGGUACGAGCCAAAAAUAGUUAAGGAAUAAUAGUAGGAAGAUUUGGUGUAUAUAUUUCAAUCGAAUAUAAAGCUUAAGAAGAAAAGUCUUACAAGGAUUCAUAAGCUUUCAUAUUUUCAAUAGAUAAGAAAAUGAUUUUAGAGUAGAUAGACCCUUUUCAAAAUAAUGUAUCGUUUGGUCCCUCAAAGAUUAUUUCACUUGGUUCAUAAAUUGUAUUUAAUAAAAAGGCAAUACACUAGCAGUUAGAUCUGGUCCUAAUUAAAAAUAGUGAAGUUAAAAAAUGUACAAACAAUAUUGGGCAAUCAUUCUAACUUCCAAAUGGUGAAAAUCCCAAGAUUCUUACUUCAUGUCCAAUGUUCUAAAUAGAGAGAUUAGAGGUCUUUUAGAUGAUAAAUUGA